GUGCGUCGCUCCCGUGUAGCACGAUGGUACCAGCGAGGGUGAGGCAGGGUGACGGCCUAACAUAACUACAAGUGCUGUACAAAAAUCGUUUGAACUGAUGCUGGACAAACUCCUAUAUAACUACUUAGCACGCCUUCCUCAAGUCACUCUCCAGGCUGACUUGCCAUAAACCACAACCACCGGCACUUAAGAAUCUGAGCAUUAGGGAGUGAUCCUAAAGAUGACACCAUUUGCCAUGAAUUACAUAGCAGAUUUAGAAGAUGAAAUUGCUCUUGAGGGGCUGGAUGGAAUAACAAUAGAAGGCUUGUGGGUGAGGCUGAAACUGCGGCCCAAUUUUGAGAGUAGCAUGCCCAUUGACGACAACAGCAAAGCCUUUCUUUGGUCACUUAUAGUUUUAGAUGAUGAGAUCUCAAUGAGCAAGCUGCCUACACCUCGAGAUCCACUUGUAAUUUUUAAUAGGUAUGAGUAUAUGGACUCAGAGCUGGGUAUUGUCUUGGAGCCAGAUGAAAAACCUAAAGAAAUUUAUCCUUUCCAUCCUGUUGAUGAUGGAGUAAAAGGAGUUCGGGGGUCUUGUAAGACGUAUAAUGAGCGGGAGGAUGUCACUCACCUGGUUAUCUACAAGACCCUCCAGCAAGUGGAGAUAGAAUAUGGUAACAGUAUUGUUCUGGUGGCAAGUCAAAUGCUUCGAAAUAAGGCUCUCUGCAUAGCCACUUGCAUUGAUAAGUUCUAUGACUUGACUCUCACCCAGUACAUCCUGCUAGAGCGCAUUGGGCGCUCACGACGGAUGGGAGAAAUCACUCAAGGCAAGGUAAGUUUAGCAUCCAUGGGUGAGAACCCUAAAUCCAUGUUUUAUCACCGGAAGCGGCUACUUAAGCUAAACCUGAUCACCAAACAGCCACAUCAACAAAAGGGCACCAAAGGACAGACACACAAUGGAUCACUUCUACACCUUACAAGGUUUUACGUUGAACGUCGGUCGAAGUUCAUCAUGAUGAUCCAGCGAGCAGUAGAGAUACUGAAGAGCAAGCCUGACUGCUGUGCCCCAUAUUUACUGGUCAAGGAGGAGAUGGGGAUGCCAGAAACAUCUUGCAGGAAGCUCUUUAAAAGCUCAGAAUUUCAGAGAUACAUCAAGAACGUUUCGGCUCCCUACCGUAAAGUGUAUCCUGAUGCUCUGACAUCUCAGUGGCGUUGUAAAGGAAAAGAUGCGGAAAAGUUUGUGCGAGUCAUGGAACUUAUCAAUCCUGAAAUUGAUCCUCUGGAAGUGUGCAAAGUGGAAGAAGUAGCUGACGACGAAGAGGAUGAGGACUCUUAUCCUGGCAUCCUGGACCAACAACGUGUGGUAUGGGGUGUCGGUCUUUUACAUCAGGCAUAUGAGGUAGUAGAAGAGGCAGGGCCAGAUGGGGUAUCUCAGUCAGACAUGGCACGUUUGCUGGGUCAAACAAAACUCGACUCGCGUACCAUUUGUCGGAACCUGCAGCGUCGCAACACCGUUCAUUCUCUCAUGAAGGACGUCUGGAGGCAGCGUGUGUCAAGAUACGUCUCCCACAAGUAUGCCAGGACUGGACAUCUAACGCAGGAAUUCAGGAAAGAAAGGCAGAAAAUGAUGGCUAUGAUGGAGCAAGAUCAAGUUGAAACGGACAAACCAUCCACAUCUAAGCAGAGUGAAGCAUCACGAGUCCUGGAGACAAACUAUCUCGAGGGGGUUGAAGUGGAUUUGGAAAUGCAAAGUGCAGAAAAGGUCUGCGGAAAGGCCAAGGUCAGUGUCACCUCGUCUUCGAUGCCCUCAGUCUCUGUAUCGGAUCCUCAGAAGAAGGAGAAGAAACAGUCUUCAGCAAAAGAUGUCAAUAACAAAGGAUUCUUAAGCAUGCUGGAGGAAAUCCGCCUGACAUACAGCAACCAAAAGCGAAGCUCUCCACAUGUGACCACUCGUAUGAUGAAGAGAGCCAACAUGAUUAUUGAGGCUGUUAGGUCCAUCAAGGUGAUUGAUGAUGCCUUCAAGUUGCAGAAAAUGAUUGUUCAGGCUGAAACAGAAGAAGGUUAUGCUGUGAAAAUGGAUAAGAAGAGCCUGAACCGAUUAUUGGACAAGUUGUCAAGGGGCGGCUUUCUUAAAAAUAUCACUGUAAAGCUGAAAUGCGUUAACAUGCAGAAGUUGGUGCGAUUUGUUGUCCACCCGAGCAUCACCUUCAAGAGCCCACACCUCAAGUCUGCUAUUGAACAACUAAAGCUUAAAUUCUUGGCAAUUGGAAGUGAGCCCAAGCGAGAAGGUGAUGGCGCGUCAGCUGAGGGCAAGCAGGAAGCACGCAAGGUUAAAAGCGAAGAUAAAAAUUCUGGAUUGGCUAAAGAACAGAACACGAGAGACAAAGAUGAACACAUGAACAAGAGUUCUGUCGGGAAAAGUAUGCAGGAGCUGAAGCGCAUGCAUCAAAUAACAUCUGCCAAGACCCCGCCCCCUGUUGCUGAUCCGGCUGAUCUGGCUGACCCUGCUGACCCGGCUAGCCAGGCUGGCCCGGCUCCAUCAGGCAUUGCAAUCAAGAAGGCUGUUGGAGCGAAGGGCAGCUUGGGGCCAAAAUUUGUACGCAUGUGUGAACUUCACAAGUUGUUGUUUUACUUGGUUUAUGGCUAUUCUGGGCAAGAGAACCUGGAUCAGGAGCAAGCUUGGAAUACUAUUGCUGCGUCAUCGCCUAAAAUACAGCUUGAUAAUGAGGAUCUGUCUGGCUACCCAAUAAUCUACUGUUCAGAGCUCUCUUGGAAAAUGUUUAUCCCUCCUCUCCCAAAUCACAUGAAUACUGAGUCCGGCUGGGCAUUUGUGUGCGAUGUUCUUCUCCGGCUUCCCCUGUGCAUCUUUGUCCGCCUAGUGAGCAUCUCUUAUAGUAAGGGAGAGAUUGAGGAAUUUCUUGCACAUCCAUUGAAGAGGAAUUUGCUAGUGAAAUAUCUCCCCCCUCACCUGAGGCAGUCGCUUCUCCAGGGGCGAAGAUAUGUGACUUACGUCAUCGACCUCAUUAAUCGCUUGUGUUACGUGGGUUUACUGCAGUAUGGACACCAGAUUAUGAAAGAGAAAGAUCAGGUAUUCAUUUAUGUGAACCGACAUGCUAGCCUGAUCGACACCACCACCUCCUCGCCUGGAUACCAUCAGAUCUCGGCUGAUAAAGAAUAUGUGCGCAAAGAAUAUUUGUUCUCAUGCCUGCAAGAUAUUCUUCAGUACUGGUACGACAUGUGGACCAUCUCCAUGCACACACCCCUGGGCGGCCACAAUUGUAUGCAGGGGAAAAAAAUUACUAUCCAAAUUCUGGACCGCAAACCACAGAUCAUCGAGUCGCUCACGCCUCGCAGCACAGACGAAGCUCCAACCAGAGAUGUUGGUUAUAUCCCUGGUGAUGGGCGUGGUGCAGGGGGCUUGGAUUCAGCAAUGUUUGCCCACCUUAAGCGAAACUGGUCAUCUACCUCUGGACAUGCAGCUGCAGCCCGGCCAUCAGCUUUACUGCCACCCAACACUGAUGGUGCCGAGAGAGUCUCGUAUGAGGGAACUAUGUCCUAUACCCAGUACCUAAUGAACACUACACAACCGUCCUCAGACACUUUGUCUCCAAAACAUCGUCUAGCUGGGCUUCGCAAUGUUAAACUGUCAGUGUACAAGCCAAGAAUGGGAAGUGAUGGAAAGACUCUUGAGGUGCCAGUUGGUUUGGUCGCCCGGGCGCCCCGUGGGAGGAAACGUAAACGAGGAGGCUCUCAGUCAUCUGAUUCAGACACCCCACCAGCUAAACAUGGCCGGGGCUCGGGACAGAAGCGCAAUCGUCCUACAAGCUACCAACGUGAAUUAAAAAUGCGCAAGAAAUCUCCCAAAAAGCCUUACUAUGAUGAAGAAGAUCGGGCUGCUCUUAGACGAAUGAACAAAUUACGAGUGGAUUGGUCAUCGGCCGAGGACUCCUUCCUGCUCCUGUGCAAAGUUGCAUCUUCCUUCCUCUUCCCGAACAUUCGUAGCCAGAUGAUCACUUUCAGUCUAGUGAGAGACUUGUUGCACGAGAGGUUUCCCGAGGCUCGCAACAAGACCUCGCGGGCAUGCCAGAGACGAAUCAACUACAUCAUGAAGAAUCCGACGACAGAGGAUAAUGUAGCCAUCUUCCUAGAAGAGGUCAAGCAGGAUACUAAUAUUGUUGCAGAAUUUAAGGGUCCAAGACUUCCUCGUAACAAGAAGAACAUAGAAAAUGUGUAUGCCAAGCUAUUCCGUCGAUUAAUGAGUCGACUGGUGAUCAAGUUCGCUUCAAGUGAGUCGCGCCAGUGUCCAGAUCUUCCCGAUCUGGCCGAGGAGUUUGAACAGAAAUACCGCAUCAUCAAAGCUUCCUCUUCCCUACGCAACAAACUCAAAGUCAAUGAAGUCAACACAAUCUCUGAUAUUGACUUUUAUGUGGUCAAUGCUCUAAUAUAUAGUUCUCUGUGCUCCAAGCAUGACAGAGACUCUUAUGCCUACCAACUGUACCUGGCAUACCAGCAGUACCCUCAAGUUCUCCUCAACUCUGUGUUGACUCGCAUGCGUCAAGAUCAGAUGAUCAGCUACAAGAAAUGUUACAACCGAUCUCUAUUUGCCCAGACCUGUCUUCCACUCUCCACAUCACCUUUUCAACUUUCAGUGACCUACCUGCAUGUCUUCAACUUCAAAUAUCAGUAUGAAAUAUUUAGUCAGUCAUGGCAGAUGUUCAAGCAGUUGCUGGAGAAGAAACGUGAAGUUGUGCUUAAAAAUAGGAAUUCUGCCACAGCUGUUGAUGUCAAAGGGACUCCUGAGCCCUGUAAUGGGAACACUGGAUCAGAUGGAGUACCAGUGGUGAUUCUUCACGAAGGUGGCUUUUGUGCCACCAUUGUGGCUCUUAUGGCCACUAAGAGGCUCUUCUUUGACAUUGUGAUCCCAGAACAGAUCAUUAUGAUGGAUCAGCAGCAACCAAUCAUGGAGGACCACCACCAGAGUCUACUGGAACGAUUCUCUUCACAUACACAGAUGUCUGGCCGAGAUAUUAAGGAUUUAGAUGGAUCCUUCCUUGACUAUAUAAAUGUUCCAUGUCCAUCUUCAUCUAACAUUGGGGGUGAUGUUGCAGCUAAAACCAAAGGAACACACAUAGUUAAGGAAAAGCUGAAAGACCUAAAAGAAUCUCAGUCUCCAAACGAAGAGAGCAGCAAAACAAGUGAGCUAGCAAAGAGGAAAUUGGUAGGAAAUGAUAAAGAGAAAAUUAAAAAAGCUAAACUCAGUCAAGACAGUUUAGAAAAAGUGGAAUUAGUAGCUACAACAUCGCUACACGAUGCUAAGCGCACCACCAGAUCUCUCCGUAAAUCCUCAAAAGAAGAACCAGUGAUGGCAAAACCAAGUUCUGUGGACAAAGCUACAGUGAAGACAAAAUUAAACCAAGCAUCAAGAGAGAGGACAGGUUCAGUGAUGAAGGUGAAGCAAGAAGGUGUGGAAGAGGCAGCACUGGAUGAAAAUAUCGAGGACAUGCAAGACACGGAGGAUAGUUUCCAACAGGGUGAUGUGUCUUCUGCAGAAGAAGACUUGGAUGCCACUGGCUCUCAGGGUCGAGGAAGCCAGUCAUCGGCCUCACGCCUUGGACUCUAUAUGAUGAGAGAUCAGCUGACUCUGGCCGAGGUGAACCAAAUCAACAUCCAGCAUGCACAAGAGCACCUGGUGGUCAACGCCUGUGAGAUAACCUGUCGCCUCAGACCACCACCUGAGCAGCAAGAUGAGUUUGAUAGAGCAGUGACAAAUGAUGUAGAUGCAAUUGACAACAUGUUGCUUCCGUUACCCAAAAAAGUAGUUUCAGAAGCUUUAGAACAGAGGAAAAAAGUAACACUUGAGGACUGGAAGCAACUGGAUGACGUUUUGAGCAAAUGGCAAGAAGAAGGCCAGAGUGCCGAGCAUUUGGACUUUGUGAGAGAGGUCUACGAGUACAUCAAUUCCUGCCGGGAUAUUGGCGCUUCUGUCAAGAAUCUUAAGAAAAUGUUUGGAGACGGAUCAUUCAGCAUUACGAGUGUGGUGGCUUUGAUGGAGAAGGCUUUACUGGUGCUGCGUGUGGGUGUGGCUGUGGUGCGCUGGGUCACUAUGCAUUACACCAAACCUUGGCUUAUUCAUACUAACAAGAUCACGAGAGUGAGUCGGCAGAGUGUACGACUACAGGGUGUAUAUCGCAUGAACUUGAAGAAUGCUGACAAAGGAUCAAAGCCUAGCAAUAAUCAAGGCACAGGAAAUGUAGCAGAAGUUAAUUCUGAAAAUGACAAAGAUUUGAAGGAGCAAAGUAGCAUGGAUGACAAGGAAAGUGUCAUCCAAGAUGCUGACCAGGAAACUUGCGAGGUAUCUUCUCCCGUACCGCAUGGUGAUACCUUGCCACUUCAUCCCACAAGUGAGAUCACCAAUACAGAGAGUCUUGACACACAUGAAGGUCCGAGAGUUGCCCCAGUUGGCAGCACCUCUGGAGAUGAAAAAGUGAACACAUCACUAUUAACUGCUGAUACUUGUGGUAAUAAUACGUCUGUCACCACUAUGGCUCAAUCUGCAACAGAAAGUAAUGCUGCCACUUUGAGCACAAGUUUUGCCGAUGGUGCUGGCAAAAUACUGGAGGAGGUUGGAGCUGGCAGCUCUUCAGACUUGAUAAACACUGAAGAUAUCACUUUCCAAACAUCCAGGCGUUCCAGGAGGAUCUUAGGGAGAAGUGAUAAGAUGAGCAAUGGAGCAGAAACUCAAGCUGAAGGUGGGAAGCCUGUGCGACACAUUCACUCCUUUUUGGCCAUGCGCAAGAGGAAGUACAGAAGAGAUGAAGAAGUUUCCAAAGAAAUGGAGAAAACAAUCAAGCAGCAUCAGAAUGUCACAGACUAUGAGGAAAUCAGUGUGGCAGUAAGACCGUGGGUUCGUCUAAAUGGAACUCUCAAUAGACGAGUUUUAGAUCGCAUGUUGGGGGCUGUUCUCAGCCUGGUCAUGGAGCGUCCAGGGAUUAGUGGAAGAGAUAUUGUCUGUCGCUUUUCUCCAGCCUUGCAGCCAGCGCACACCCACGAUCUGUUGGACACGUUGGUUCAGUUACAAUGCAUUGUGAGGGAACACCUCAUUCACUCACAUAAACCUUCCCUGUUCUCAGAAAAUGUUGAUUAUAUUUUAGUGCAAGCUGAAGUCCACGAUUGUGACGACGAGUUAUUGUACGAGCCAACUGUGGAUGCUGUUCUGAAGUUGUCUGUGUUCAUCGGAGAUAAGAAGUAUUCCCAAGAUUUUCUGUCGGGAGACAGAUGACGAUGAUCAUAAUACGUCGUGCUAUAACACAAAGUUGUACAGUACCUCGCUUUUACAUUGCCAUUCUAAAUUAUGUUAUUAGGUUUAUAUGUUAUAUUCAAAUGGUUAGAAAACUUAUGAAAAGACACUGGAUUGCUACUACUAUAUAAUCUAUGUUUGUUGCAGAAAAAUCACUAGUUAAAAUUUUAUUAGUGAUGUAUGCUAUUAUGAUCUGUAGCAGAGGCAUUUAUAGUGAAUUAUUGAGUUCUUGACUGAUUUUAUUAGCACAAAUAGCAGAACACACUUGUGUGUCCUUUUACUGCAGUACCAAAAACCAUGUGGAACAACUACUUUAUAAUAAAAACAACCAAAAUAG